UUUUAUCUAAUUUAGGUCAAUGUAUAACUUAUCAAUGUCUAAAUGUCUCAAUGUAAAAGCAGAAGAUACAACACCUAUUAACAAAUCGUGAACUGGAAUGAUCAAUGAUUGAAUUACAGGUUAAAGAACAGAAAUAACAACAAUUCAAUGUGGAGCAACAUAGGCUAUUCAGUCAAAUAUUUCGAAACAGUCAAUAUUACUCGGAGAUGGUGACCGUCAUGAAUAACCAAGGCAUGAUGAUGGGGCCUAUGAAAGGUCAUCUGGCACCCAAUAGUAGCCCAUUCAAACCAACGAUCAACAAGUUAUCAUCUCAGUAUAUGAUCCAAGACCAUAUGUCAAGUCAUUACAUAAAAUUGGGAACUGCAAAAUCUGCUAUUGACAACAAACCACCUAAAUCUAUGACUACAAGUGUGAAGAAACGAGAUCAGAUGCGAAGAGAAGCAAUGGCAAAACAAAUGAAACUUUUCGAUUUUGAAAAGGAAAUGAAACACAGCGGUUCAUUGUCUAAUCAGAUGAGAGACUCUGAUGUGUACGGAUCACCUCGUUUACUUUCAGUAACUGUGACUAAGACGGGAUACGAUGAAAUGCGACCACGUUCAUCAUCGUCAUUUCAUUCUCAACAUCGAUCAAAAUCUGGUUACAGUCCUCGUUCAUCAACAACUUCCAAUCCAAAUUCUCCUCGAAAUAAGUCACAAAAAUCGGACAUUUUAAAUCAAACAUAUAGCGGAGAUUACUUGGACAGACACGAAGAACGUUUCAAAAACACAGACACUCCUUUUACACCACGUUUAAAAAAACGAUCGGGGAAAUCAUAUCUGUCAAAUUCAAAGCAUUAUGCUCCACCUCUUGUCAUAAAGAAAGAGAAUAAAAGAAAAAUUGCAACUAAGUCGCAUGAAUCUAAAGAAGAUAAUGUUUCCCCAGUAGCAUCUUAUUCAGAUUUGAGAUCAGCUCAGGAUAAGACACCCAACAGGGAACACGAAAGAAGAUGGGUUGAAGAACAGACCGAUCUUAUGCAAAGACUUACUCUUGAUGAAUCAAAACGUACUUAUGAUAAUAUAUAUCCCAGUCAAGCCAGUACAACGAAUGACUAUGGUUUUCGGCAAACUGGAACGGGAAGCACAAAUUUUCUUGGAACAUCCAGUUUAGGAAGAAGUUUUAUAAGAUCUGAUACGUUUGCAAAGAAUGAAACAAAGAAUCGAAUUCAAGCUGAAGAAGAAGAAAUGAAAUAUUUGGAAUUUAUCAACGGAGUGACGAAUGAUAUACUGACAAGAGGAAUUUAUUCAGACAGGGUAUUGACGCAAGUCAUGCAGAGGCACCUUGACCAAAAUUGUAGCAGAUUAAAUGAAUCAAGAAUGAGACAUAUGUUGAUGAAAUUACAAGAAGAUUUAGGAGUUUCCGCUGAUAUAUCAUCUCGUGGAUUUCGCAGCACAUCAGCAUACUCUUCGGGUUAUGAAGGGUCAUCUUACAAUCGUUCCCCUAGUCCCGAAUCCAAAGCAAACCAAGGAAGUUUGAGAAGUGCUUCUUGGAAAAGUGAUGCGUCAUCUCGUUCUGGUAGGCUGAGUUUCUCUGAGACAAAACAAUCUUCAAAGCCACCUGUCAGUGCAUCGUCAGGAUCACCAUCUAUCCGCAGUAGCGUUAAACGACAGAAAGGAAUUUUGAAAACACCAGGAACGUCAUCUGGAUCUGAUUUGGAAGCAAAAUCGACGGCUUUUUCAUCUGGUGACGAGGAUGAUAAAAGAGUGAAGAAAAAGGUCAGUGUCGAGCGUCUUCCGAGUACAAGUCUCGAAGAAAAUCCAGACAAACCAAAGGAAAAUCAUAAUAAAUCAAUACACAGUGAUAUUGAAACAAAUGAAGCAUCCCGUCCAGUACCUGCAAAGCGAAGCUCUAUUGUUAGUACCAGCGGUUCACAUAUUGCAGAAUCCGUAGAUGCCGAAAAAAAUAAGAAAAUAGUUACAGAAGACAAUGCCGUCACGAAUGAAAAGGGAUCUGUAGAAAACAUUACAGCAGUGACUCGACAAGAGGACGGUCUGGGUCUGGCAGACAGUGAUCUAGACGAUUUCUAAUAAUUACCUCUAUAUUAUAAUCAUGCACCAAGGUUACAGUGUACUUUGUCACUGUAUGCUUGCUUUCCUAUAUGUAUAUACAACAUAGAGUUGUCCUUUUGUGUUUUUUUAUUUGUUUUAGUAAACUUUUGUAGUUUUUUCUUGAAGUCCCCAAAUUUCUGCAAUGUCUAAUUAUUUCUAAAAUUAUUAGUUCCCUGUAUCAGAGGAGAGGCACUUUCGCAAUUGCAAAUUUUUCGAUAACUUUCAAAUGUUCAACCUAGAUAUUCCAGUCCCAGACUGCUUGUUUAGUGACAAUAACGAGUCAAGUUUUAAUGACACUGAUAUAUUAAUUCAGUUUCUUGAUUUUUGAAGUGCAUAUGCACUUGAAUCUUGCUCAUAAUCACCACAUUGACAGCAUAUCUAAUACAGUCUGCUUGGUACUCCUGAAGUAUGCGCACUAAGAUGUAGCAUAACCUAAAUCCUAACCUGCAGGUUGUGCGUCAUCUUGGUGCGCAUACUUCAGGAGGUCUGUCUGCUUUUUAAAAUUUUAUGGCCUACCGGUACUAUUGCAUAGUUAUUAAUCUGUACUAUCUAGAUUCGAAUAAUAUUAAUCGUAGACACCUAAAUAGAAUCACAUAUUGCAGCUUAAACAAAUUUUUACAUUGUGCUGAGUUUAACUGCAUUUGAAUUCAUAACCGAAUCUUUCAGCACGUUUUCCCAUUAGUCAUCAACGGUAAUAUCUAUUUUCGACCAAUAUUAGAUUUUAACAAGCGCAUCACAUUCUUUAUAGAGGGCUGCAAGGGAGUGAUUCAAAAAAUAAGUGAAUGAUAGUUAUUUCUCAUCUAUCACUGAUAUGUACAUAUUAAAUUCAAAUUUUCAAGCAAGUAGGUAAGUUUUUUUAUAUUGGAAACACUAGAGGUUAAUUUGGAGAUCAUGAUUUGGGUGUAUGUAAUAGUAUAAAAAUAUAUAUUUGGAUCUUUCAAUGUCAGAGAUCAGUUUUAUCAUUCUCCCCAAUAUAUUGAAAGUUAUUUUUAUAAUUUGAAUUUGUACUUUUUACACUCGACUGUGAGAACAAGUUAUCAAAAUAUAUUUUUAUAAUAGACUCAUUUAGAACUAGAUUUCAUAUAUAAAACUUUAUAAUUAAUUUGCAUGUUAUUGUUUUAGUUCAUUGUGCACAGUCUUGUUGCUGUUUUUCGUAAUGAAUUAAUGAAAGCGAGUAAAAACUUCAAUGAGUGAUGAUGUUUUACUAUAACAGAUUUUCACAAAUAUUUUUCUAGGUCGUCAGCCAUCUAACAUUGUUUCGAAUUCCUCACCCGCCUUACAAUGCAGUGAUAACAAACAGCUUUGUUUGGUCAUUAUCCAAAUCUGACGACGCCACAGCCUUUCUCCUAUUUAUGUAUUAUGAUAUAAACAAACAAACUUGGUCAUUUCAAAAUUUUUACACAUUCCUGCCCAACCCCCUUUGAGGAGUCCGGGAUAUAUUAUGCUGCUAUUGCUCAAACAUAUGUAGGUUCCUGUGGAUUGUGAGAUAGGUCGCGGCAACAAAAGAUAUUUAGUCUAAAUCAGUGGUCGGCAACCUUUUUCGAGUGACGGACCGGUAAAGCCUGACCAAAAUUUUGGCGGACCACCUUUAUACAAACCAACUAUCCCUGUGCAAUAAAUUAUACACAUUAGGAAAUUACUGUUGUCAAUAUACUAGAAACGACGGUGAUGCUAUUUUAGGCGAUAUUUCAAUUUGUUUGUUGGCCGUUAACUGUUCCCACAUUGGACUUGGAGAUAUGGUCGACAUUGACACACGUUACGUGUUUCUUGAAUCCAGCCUACUACGAUAUUUCGUUUUUGUAGUUAUCAAUAUGGAAAACCAGGCCUUACAUUAAUAAGAUUUAUGGGAAGGUAACAAUCAAUGCCUGUUAACCUUUCUGACCUUAGUCUGGGUAUUGAUGUGAUGUUUUGCCAAAACUAAUUAUUUUACUCGAUGUGCCAACUUUAUGAUUAUCUUGAUUCUGAAGUAUAGAAUUAGCACUGACUAGGUAUGACCGGUUAGCUACGAGCCAGUAGUGGUGUAGUCACGUUUAGAGAUGUAUCGGCAAUAUCGGUCAAUUUUUCGGUAUCGGCUGAGUGUAUACCGAUAUAUUUUGCUUUUUAAUAUGAUCCAAAAUAUUUUAAAAAAUAAAUUAGAAUCUUGAAAUUA